GCAACCACUCUUCCAGUGCCAAGUACCAGCGAUACUAUACUCACGCCCUUCCUCCUUCGUGUCUGUCUGUGUCUCCUCCACACGCAAACACUUCCUACAGCAAAGAACCUCCUCUCUCCUCAUUCCCCAGGACGUCUCAAGGAAUUCUCCUCCUCCGGGAAACCCACGUCUAGUCCCCCGUCUCUGGAAGGGGGAUCUAUAUAAGUGUGCGGUGGACUCUUUGUUAAUCAUUGGAAAUGAAUUGAAAAAAAAAAUCAAUUUUAUUUCGCGUUGGACUGUCAAUCAUUUGCAUGGUUUCCUCAACCGAGAGUUUGAUGUGUGUAUGUGACUGACAGCGGCGCCCCUGUGUUGUUAUUCUCAUAUCAAAUGACUCCAUUCGUCAAUCACCAUUCCUAGGUACAUUCGACUUCGAAAAAAAAGAAAGAAAAAAACACGAAUUGAAAUUCGAAAAAAUUGGACUUGAAAUUAAAAAAAAAAAAAUUUCGUCACAUUACGAUGAAGAUUACGGCACCUCACUGGUGGGCGUUAUGGGCGUCGACGCUUUUGUUGGCGCCCAGUGACUCCGUCGCCCUAUGGGGGUGGUCGGAGGAGUCGUCUUGCCAGAUGCAGAGGUCGUUCCCGCCUGAGCCCAGCGAUGUCUAUAUCACAGGUCUAGUGGGCGUGCAUGGAGGUGGGCGGUGCGGGCUGGUAGACCCCGCGGGCGUGCAGAUGAUGGAAGCAGCCCGCUGGACUGCCGGUAAGCUGGGACAAGUGGAAUUCAUUCCAGGAACCACAGUCGGUGUGACCACGUACGAUACCUGUGGGGGUGACGACGCCGUCCUACGAGCUGGCAUCGCAGGCGUUGUACAGGGCGGGUACCUGGACGAGACCAGGUGUAACAUCCACCCCCACCUGGGGGUGUUGCACACUCAUCCAGAAAACGAACAGCUUGCGUCGUUUCUAGAGGAUCUAGACGUCCCGUCCGUGGGAGUCACUCAGGCGGGCCUCACGCCCCAGCUGGAGGCGUUGAUGCCCCUGUUGCUGCGUCUGAACUGGACCUCUGUGGUCGUUGCAGCGCCCUCUGUGAAGGUUCUCAAGCAGUUCGGCCAUCUAGCGGCGAGAUACCGAAUCUGCGUGGGUGCUGAGGCUAUUCUACCUUACACCACCAGCGACCAAAAAGUCUAUCGGACAGUCUUGGAAAUACUCGAGACAGGGGAGACGGGAGGCGCCGUUCUAAUCGGACCUCAGGACAGAUUGCACGCUGCCCUCAGCGCCGCAGCUGUCUUCAACAACACCAGUUUUGACUGGGUCUUGGCCCCCACAGGUCCGAUCCAAGAGGAUGUGUUUCAAGGUCUCAACAGCGUAGCUUCGGGGGUGUUGGCACUCCGGCGGGCCAGCCAGUCGGUCCCUGAAUUUGGGGAGCACUUCAAAAACGUGGCAUCGUUGGACCCAACAUUGUACCCCUAUUUUGACCCAGAGGAUUACGUGGAGGAACCUGCCGUGUUUCAGGUGGUCGAGGGCGUGUUCAAGAUGGGCGCCGGGAUCCGUCGGGCGGUCGAGGAGCACUGCGGAGGAACCGGUUGGUGUGCGAACGCGACCCUCUCCUUGUCGGGUCCGGAGACGGACGGUCUGGACGUAAUAGAGGCUCUCUCUAUUAAGUCUCAGAGGCCGAGGUACCAGAUUCUCCUGCUGUCACCCGAUGAGAGCACUAGACUCACGUUUACGAAGGUUGGAUUUUACUCCGCCGGAAUCCUCGAACUCGACGAAGCCGCCAAGGGCAAGGCAGACUGGCCGAGUCCCCACCCCUGCAUCGGAUGCCACUGCCUUAACGUCCGGUUCUGGUUCUUCCUCGACCUGAGGUGGAGAACUGAUGCUUGGGUUACCAUUUGCGCUACGAUGUCGAUCAUCGGUGUGCUAGUCGCCAUAGCCAUUAUGAUCUAUAUCAUGAUUCAAGGAUGUCGUGGGCUCACUCCAGAAGGAUCUCAAGCUUUCUCGGUGCUGCUCCUGAUCUCCUGCGUCUUCCUCUACGCAUCUAUACUGCCUUAUAGCUUCGAGGCUUCCAGUAUCAUCUGCACACUGCGUCCCGUCAUCACCAGCAUGUCUUAUGCCUUAGUCUUCGCCGUCAUGUUGUCACGGUCCCUUAUGCUAGCCACUGCAGAUUCGGAAGGGUUGGUGGGUCACGUGAGCGGACUGGUGCAAUCGGCUCUUCUCUUCUUCAUGGUGUGCGUCCAGGCAGGCCUCGGGGUGCAGCAGUUCAUGAUGGAUCCACCACAGUUCAUGCACACUCCUCCCUCUCCCACGGGAGGCAUCUUGUACACCUGCUCAGGAGACAGACUCUUCUUCUUGAUUUCUCACUCCUACGACAUGUUCCUGUUGUUCCUCCUCCUCUUGGUCUCGCCUUUCAUCAUAAGGUCCCGCCGUAACUACCACGAGGGCCUGCUCUUCUUCAUAGCCACCAUAUUAGUUGUGGGCAUCUGGGUCGCCUGGGCGACCCUGUACAUGCUCAUGCCACCCAUGUGGAGCGACGCCUGCAUCUGCUUAGGUCUAGCCGCUACUCCGACAUGUCUCCUGCUGUGCAUUUUCGUACCAAAGACGUACUUGAUGGUGCGAGCAGCCGCCAGGGAGGACAUCACCGCAACGCCCAUUCGCGCGCUUUCCAGACCCCACUCGGCUCACGAUUUGGCGCGCGCCUCCUCCCUGGCGCUCUACGACUCGAUCUCUCACCUGCCGGAGAUGACCUACUCGCAGCUGCACCCUCCCGUACACGCCUACACCCCUGACCCCACCGUGCACUUCGCACAGAAGGAGAACCCUUACGAGACGUACUCACACUACCAGCCAUCCCCGCACAAGGUCACUCAGUUUUGAUUUCAUCGGAAUUUUUUUUAGGAAUUUUUCUACCGAGGCAUCUUUUGUUUCUGUUUUCACUCAUAGCUUGUGAUUGUGGGGUUUAGACAGUGAACUGUUAUGAACUAUAUAUGAUUUAUUUAUACGGGAGGAGAGUGAAAGUUUUCAUUUGAUUGCAAGUUGGUUAAACAAUUUGGUCUAAGUUGGAUAAGCAGUUACGUACAUAAGGUUUACAUAAAGGUCACACCUUAACAUGUAACUAGUACCAUAAGUAAAAGACUUCUGUUUUGCUUUACUCAUCAAACAUCAACAUUAUUUGUACUACCAACAACCACAUUUUCAAAUCUGUUUAAUUAUUUAUAAAACUGGUAACCAAAAUGUUGAGAUGGGGUCAGUUUAAUCUCGAGAAAUAUACAUUUUUUAACCUUUCUCUUAAAUGAGUGCGUAGCAUUUUUUUACUUUAGUGUUUUCUCUUUAUUUAUUUAUUUGUGUACUUUAUCUUUGCUUGACUAUUGCGUCUUACGUCACUAAGUUCAAACGAAAGUGUUCUAUAUGUAAAAAAAAAAGGCUGUAGUAUUUUCUAGUCAUUCCUUUGUAGAAUUGUUGUACAUUUGUGUUUUUUUGAAGAGGAGAGAAAUAAAGAUGGCAUCUUUAUUAUUCAUGAUAUAUAAUUACAACAUUGUUUUAGUUGUAUUAUAAUUACAAGGCUUUCCUUGCAUCAUAUGAACUUUUAAUUGGUAUCAACAAAUUAUCUUGUGCUACACUUAUCGUGCUCUACACCCGGUGGUAGGGCGUGUUAUUAGGUGGUCUUAACAGAAUGAGUAGGUGGCCUGUUGUGGACCUCUGAAUUGUAGUACAGGCUUAUUUAUUCUAUCAAAAGCUACAAACAACUGCACUGGCACAAGGCCCGCCUAAAUCGAACAACAGCAAACCCUGUAAAAACAUAUUAAAGAUUUUGACAUGAACAGCAAACGUUUGGCUA